AUGUCGUCAUCGACAGCACCGUCCAAGGUCGAUGCGCCGGACGAAACGCAGAAUGAUGGCUCCAAGUUGCGAACGUUUCUAGGAAUCUUGAAGAAGUUCAUCGGCGUCUCCGAUCUCGCCUCUGUUAGGUUCUCCCUUCCUUCGCAGCUUCUGGAGCCAACCCCGAACCUCGAAUAUUGGACUUAUCUCGACGCCCCCAACGCCUUCGUCGCUAUCGGUACCUCAGACGAGCCCCUCGACCGUAUGCUGGAAGUGAUUCGCUUUUGGCUGACAAAAGACCUGAAAUAUGCCAAGGGCAAGCCCUGUAAACCAUACAACUCCUGCUUGGGUGAAUUCUUCAGGUGUAACUGGGAAACGGAAGACAAUGCGCCGAGAAUCGAAACGGCCGAGCUGAAUUUCUCUGCAUCAGGCUCGGAUAAGGCCUCCCUGCGAAGCUUCAAAGUACCUCCAAAAAGCGACAAGAGCGACAAAAGCGACAAAAGCGAGUCGAACGUCUCGCUUUCCGUGCCCAAACACGGCACCUCAACACCAGAUAGCAAGCGGAUUCGGGUUUCGUAUCUUACCGAACAAACAUCCCACCACCCUCCGGUGAGCGCGUUCCACAUCGCGUGCCCCGACAGGGGCCUGACAGCUCGAGGGUUUGACCAGAUCACGGCCAAGUUCACGGGCACUUCUGUCAAGGUCCUGCCCGGCGAGCACAACAUGGGCAUUUUCAUCUCGUUGGAUAAGUUUGGUGGUGAGACUUACCAACUGACGCAUCCAGCUGCUCAUCUUGGCGGCAUAUUGCGCGGCUCUCUCAGCGUAUCGGUCAGCGAAAUGGCCUACAUCACCUGUCCCGAGACCAAAAUAAAGGCCAUUCUUCACUACGUGGACGAGGGUUGGCUAGGCCGGACCACAAACAAGAUUGACGGCGUCAUCUUCAGGUACGAUCCCGAAAACGACGACAAGUCUCGGGUCCAGGAUGUUGCCGAAGAAGAUGUGCUCGCUCGCUUAAGCGGCCCAUGGCGGGAGAAGGUGGUUUUCACGCUGGGAUCCAAACCACUUAAAUCCGUUCCUCCUGAGCAUCAAUACACAAUUAUCGAUCUCGCCCCUCUGCACGUCGCGUCCAAGAUACUUCCUCCCGAAGACAAGCAACGUCCCAACGAAUCCCUCACACUCUGGGGAGGUGUCACCAAAGCCAUUCUCGCCAAACAAUACUCCAAAGCCACCGACAUCAAGGUGGAGCUCGAAGAACAACAGCGAGCCAAGGCCCGUGAGCGUGAAAAGAACAAUGUAACCUGGCAGCCCGUCUUUUUUGAGCACACUGUAGGCAACGGCGGCAAGCCAGACCUAACGGCAAAGGGCAAGCAGGUUAUAGAACGGGCCCAGAAGGGCGAGUGGUCAAUGGAGGGCAUAGCGUGA